CUUUUCAAGAGGCACCUGUCCUUCCCCUGGCAUUCUUCAUUCACAUCACCCGGCAAAUGGAAAACCACAAACAGUUUCGCACCAUCCUUUCACUAUCAACAGCAAUCUUCUGCACAGACCGUGAGGCAGCUAUUGAGGGAGCCAUCCAGUCUGUGCUGCCGCAAGCCAGGAUAGUCAAUUGCUGGAACCACAUCUCGAACAAUGUGAAGCACAAGAUGGGGUCAGAGGCUCCCAAGCUGUGGCCGACUACCAGCAGGCCAUCAAAGAGCUCUUAGCCUCGAAAUCAAGGAGCGACUAUGAAUGCACACUGGGAAGUGUGCGUCUACUGGAGCCCUGAUUUCGAGGCCUAUUUCCAUUAGUCACUGUCCGACGCCAUGGAAAAGAGCGCACAAUAUGUGCUAAACUGCUUGGACAUCCAGUCAGAUGGAAUUACAAACAACUGCUCUGAGAGCUUCAAUGCUAUCCUCAAGGCAUUGGUUGGAUGGAAGAAGGUGAGAGUAGAUAAACUUGUUUAUCUACUCUACGAACUCCAAACCAAUGCAUUGAGGGAGGUGCUG